UUCAACAUGGCUGAACGACUCAGCUACAAAGGACAUCUGCUUGUAGCACAACGUGUUUUCAACAUCGAAUACACAUUCAACAACGUAAUCUGACUUUGAGACUAAAAUAAGCCAUCAUUAGGUGCUAGACAAGCCACAAAAAAACCAUCAUGGGUAGCACCAGCUCAUCUCUGAAUGAAAACGAAACUCCCAGCAGCCCCCCGCGCAAACGAGCCCGCACUUCCUCUCCCAACCGCUCGCUGGACCAAUGCAGACCCUAUGAGAAAGAAACUAGAAGCCAGUGGCAAGUUCUGCCGUACGUAGCACUCACAGAGGUGUACGGCCAUCUGCCAGGACGUGACAAGUUCAACAUGGCGCUCACCUGCAAGACGUGGCGGGAGCCCUUCUCCAGGCCUGCGCUGUGGCGGCGAGCCAGCUUCCGGUUCAACGACGUGGACGACUGGAGGGCGCUGUGCUGUGUGAGUCGGGUGGCCUCCGCGCUUCGUCACGUGACAGUCGACUGUGCCGCUUCUGACAUCCCAGCUGACAAAAGUGUCGGGUCUGCUGACAAUCUAGCAUACUUCUUCCGUUGCCUGGUGAACGCUAAGAACUGCCGGCUGACCGCCUUGAAUGUGACCAACAUGCGGCGCUUGGCGCGCUAUUUGUCACGGCCUGACCAUGAUGUGGUCACUCUGCUGACCAACCUCCUCGAAGUGCAGACGCAACUCGAUUCUCUGAGCCUGCGGGGCGCACGGCUCUCACCAGAUCACGGUCUUCGCCUCCUCGUUAGCGCAGGUCUCAGUUCGGGCUCUAUUCUGAGUCUCCUGGAUGUGUCUGACCUUUUCGCCACGACAUCGCCACGACAUGACAUGGCCGCAAACCCGCGCUUCCUGUCCGUCCUGACAGUAUUUACUAAUUUGUCAGAAAUCGACUUAAACCAUCAAUACCUCAGCGAUGAUGUCAUGUACAUUUUCUCGGAAAAUCUAUGCGGGAAGCUAAGGAAGAUCCGAGUGCUGGCUCACUACAUGGGCCGGCCGGAGAGGCGCACGUCCCCCGAGACUUGGGCCCAUCUGUGUUCUCGUUGCCCCGACCUGUCCGCCGACUUUUCCGUCAAGGUGCACUUGCCUUCGGAAGGUGAGCGUUCAGUGCGGUGGUCUCUCCAUGUCAGCUGAGAUGAGACUUGAACUAGCGAUACGACGCGUGUCCAAGGGGCGGGUGCCUGAUGCUGUGACUCCGCCCUCUGCUCCACCCACUGAAACGCCACCUGACACACCCACUGACACACCUACAGCCGGGCUGGAAAUUUGGCUGAACGGCCGGAAAGUGGACUUGGACAAGAAAUGGCCCCUGUCUUUAACGGCUGUCUGGUUGAUGGAAACCCUCGAGGCUUUUACAGAACAAUGGAGUCGAUAAUAACUGCAGUGAUAGAUGGGAGACCGUAAGUAAAUGGGCUUGAAAUUUGACUGAAAGGGAAAGCCGGAGUGCGGAUUUGGACGUUUGAGUCUGCAGUAACUCCAGUGAUAGGCAAGAGACAAGCAGAAGAAGGCAAACUGUGAUUUAGAAUCAUCCUGGAAGUUGUCGUAAGCAAUAAUCACAUUUUCGCAAAUUUGAAAUUUUACAGUCAUUGAAGGAAAGAAAUGAUGUCCAUCUUCUAUUCAUCACAACGUCACGUCUGUCAUUGUUGUAAUGUUUGUCUUUUACAAAGUGUAAAGUAAACGCAUCUGAAAACGUUACCUCGAUGAACACGACAGCUAACAAGACCAUCUCAUACUAAGAGAUUAUGUAGUCCUUUUACAUUUCUGCUACAUCGUGUGCCGGUACCCCUCCCCCCCCC